AUGGUAGCCUGCUCCAGUCCCCUUACGAACUUUCGUAACCUCGAGUUUGCACAAGAUAUCGAAGACAAACAUCUGGACAUUCUUAAGAACAAGGGCAUAUCAGAUAAAAGUUUGCAAAUGGUUGGCGACAAUUAUCAGUGUUUUGAGUUGCUAGAUAUCAUUAGGUGCAUCAAGAUAACAGAUGGGGGUUUGCAACAUAUCAUGGCCAAGUGCUCUGGAGUCAAGAGUCUUAAUCUCGAUACUCUUUCAAGGUAUUGA